GCAGAGCUUUGUCUGGAGGCCGGGUUGGGAGGUAGGCCGGCGCGAGUCCGCGGCCUGCGGGCUUGGAGGAGGGUUCUGAGCCGGAGCCCACGCGUGGCCCCUUUUCUGAGGACCGCCAGGCAGUGCGCGGGCUUCUAUCAAGAAACAAUGAGUUUAAAACCGUUCACCUACCCUUUUCCAGAGACAAGGUUCCUUCAUGCGGGACCCAGUGUGUAUAAGUUCAAAAUCAGAUACGGCGACAGUAUCAGAGGAGAAGAAAUAGAGGACAAGGAAGUCAUCAUCCAGGAGCUGGAGGAUUCUAUCCGUGCAGUCUUGGCAAACAUGGACAACCUGCAGCCCUUUGUUACCAAACACUUCAUUGUAUUUCCCUAUAAAAGCAAGUGGGAGAGAGUUUCCCACCUGAAAUUUAAACAGGAAGAAGUCAUCUUGACCCCAUACCCAUUUGUUUUCACUCUGUAUGUAGAAAUGAAAUGGUUUACUGGAAAUCUGCCUUCAGGGAAACCAACAGAUGAUAGUCCUCUUGAGUUGCAGGUCCUAGCUGAGAAGAAAGCAGAAGAAGCCAUGGUGCGGAAACGAAGACUCAUGGAGGAGCCCAGCUCCCCUGGCAGGCCAGGACCACACAGGGCCAAGAUAGAGACUUCUAGUGAAGCUUUAAGCAAUCAGAAGCCCCAGAAGGAAACCAAGAGGAACAGAGAAGGAGAAGCUCAGCAAGAAUAUCAGGAUAUGCUAGCCUCUGAUGCCACUGACGUCCAGGAACAGGAUUCUAAGUUGGGGCACAGCCUGCCAGAGCUUGUUGUCCCUCCACUGCAACAUAGCAACCCACCACCACCCAAAGAACCAAGAACCAGUGGCUUCCUUGCGUUUCUAAGCACUCUCCUCCGGGUCCGGCAUUUCUUCAGGAAGAGCUGGCAGUAAGCCUGCCAGGCACCACAGCACGGUGGUGUUAGUCGGUCGGAAAAAGGACUUUCUCUUGCGGUGGCUCCUGAGCUAUACCAAACAUCAUUUGCUUUAGUUUCUUCCUGUUUUAAAUUUUUUUCUUUUGUUUAUUUUUGAGACAAGCAUUACUGUCAAAUCACCUAGGCUGGCUUCAGGUGCCCCAUCUUCCUGUCUCGGGCUCCCGGUCUGCACCACCACGCGCCAUCCUUUUCUUUUUUCUUUCUUUCUUUUUUUUUUUAAAGAU